GCUUCGCCAAAAGCUAAUUACAAGAAGAACAUGCGAAUCGUAAAGGCGCGUAUUCGUCACGUUAUAUAAGAUUAGGCUUACAAGCAAAACGUGCGCAUGUGCGAUUCGUUACAGAAGAAUGCGAAAACAGCAAGUCGAAUCGAGGUGUAUUAUACACUUUCUCAAUCUAUGACGACUGGUUCACCAUUCGGCUGAGUCUGGGUCCGAGGCCGCGUGUGCGACCUAGACGUACUCACGAACGGUCUCACGUCGCAUUCGUCCGACAUCCGUGUCCGCCGAUCGUUUUCCUCUCGCAGAUAUUAUUCCUAUUCCUUUGAUCACAAUGGAACCGAGCAAAGACGAUAGUACCGAUGUGCCAGACAGGAUAAUCGAGACUUUCGCUGGUCGCAAGAUUAUGGUAACAGGUGGCACGGGAUUCUUAGGAAAAGUGAUGCUCGAGAAAUUUCUGCGAUGCCUGCCUGAAAUAGCGCAAAUUUACAUGCUCAUCAGACUGAAGAAGGGCAAAGAUCCUAAACAACGAUUGCUCGAGAUACUCGAUUCUCCGCUUUUCGAAAAAGUCAAAGCUGAAAGGGGGUUAUUAGCGCUUCAAAAAGCAAUAACGGUCGUAAGCGGAGACGUAUCACAGCCAGGACUCGGAUUAUCCCCGGAGGAUAGAAAAAUGCUCUGUGAGAAUGUCGAAAUCGUGUAUCACGGAGCAGCUACCGUCAGAUUCGAUGAAUUGUUAAAGAAAGCCGUACUGCUAAAUGCACGUGGUACAAAACAGAUGAUAGAACUGGCUAAGGAAAUGAAGAAUUUACUUUUGUUUGUUCAUAUCAGCACGGCAUAUUGCCAUCUGGAAGAAAAGAUUUUAUACGAGAAAACCUAUCCUCCGCCAGCGGAUCCUCAUAAAAUAAUUAAAUGCGUCGAAUGGAUGGAUGAUGAUGUAGUCGAGGCUAUGACUGAUAAGAUUUUGGGCACGCUACCUAAUACGUACGCUUUCACAAAAGCCUUAGCAGAAGGUCUCGUCGAAGAAUCUAUGCCAUAUAUACCAUCGAUGAUUUUGAGGCCAAGUGUAGUUAUUCCUAUCUGGAAGGAUCCGCUUCCCGGUUGGACGGACAAUAUUAAUGGGCCAACCGGUCUCUUGAUCGGUGCUGGGAAGGGAGUAAUCAGAACGAUGUACUGUAAUGAAAAUGGUUACGCCGAUUAUCUUCCGGCCGAUAUCGCGAUCAAUGCUAUUCUUCUUUGCACGUGCAAUUUUAUUUAUUUCAAGGAUGAUCAACGGGUUUAUAAUCUUACAAGUAGUAGCGAAUUCAAGGUUCCCUGGACAGAAAUAAUAAAACUUGGUCGAGAAAUAACGCAACGAGUACCUCUAAAUGGAAUCUUGUGGUAUCCAGGUGGCAGUAUGAAGAAAUCACGACUUCUACAUAAUAUCUGUGUCAUAUUGUUUCAUUUGAUUCCGGCUUAUAUUAUUGACACACUUCUCUUUUUGUUGGGCUACAAACCAAUUCUGUGUCGUGUACAACGCCGUAUAAAUAAAGGUUUCGAGGUCUUCGAAUAUUAUGCCAAUAGACAAUGGGACUUUGAUAAUUCAUCUGUUCUCUCUGCGAGAAAAAGAAUGAAUAGCUUAGAAUAUAAUAAAUAUCAAGUACACGGCGAUGACAUGGACAAAGGCGAGUACUUUGAAGCUUGCAUCCGAGCUGCAAGAAUUUACAUAUUAAAGGAAACUCCAGAUACUCUACCAGCCGCUCGCCGACAUUUGAGAGUUAUGUAUUGGGUGGAUGUAUUUACAAAAUUCUUUCUCUUCUUGCUCCUUAUAUAUGUAUUGGCAUCCUGGAGUGAAAGUUUUAAAACACUGCUCACAGAUAGUGUAACAUAUAUUACAAAAAUGUUAAUGGAGUAAUGUUUUACGAUUUAAUUAAAUCAAGAACUCUUUUUUUACCUAUUGCAUACAAAGAUUAUAUCUAUUAUAUUGAUCAAAUUAAAUUAUCAUUUAAUAUCAAUGAAACGAUUAAAUAUAUAACUUCACAGCAUAUGCAAACUACAGUUGUGUUCCUUAGAUAUGAACAAAAUAAAAAGUGAAUAAAGACAUUAUUUACAUCA